AUGCCUAUGCUAAAAGGGUUGUCGCUGUUCUGGAGCCAGUUGGUGCUAACUGAGGCAUUCUCUGCUACAUGGAAGUGGGAGGUUUUCAAGAACUACAGUAUAAAGGAAACUGACAAGGCUCUGGGAGUACCUCCAAGUCGCAAGAUUCCCAAGUCCCCUCCCCAAGACCGUGCAAUAAUAGUUCCUGGGAGGAGAACCAGAGACGGCAAAACAGAACAGAAAGGCGGAGAUAAAAAGAGAGGUGUUAAAAGACCCCGAGAAGAUCAUGGCCGAGGAUAUUUUGAGUAUAUUGAAGAAAACAAGUACAGCAGAGCCAAGUCUCCUCAGCCACCUGUUGAAGAAGAAGACGAACACUUCGAUGACACAGUGGUUUGUCUUGAUACUUGUAAUUGUGAUCUGCAUUUUAAAAUAUCAAGAGACCACCUCAGUGCUUCUUCCCUUACUAUGGAGAGUUUUGCUUUUCUUUGAGCUGGAGGAAGAGCAUCUCAUGGUGUAUCAGGAAGAGCAUCUCAUGGUGUGUCAAAGGGCAAAGUCUGUUUUGAGAUGAAGGUAAUGGAGAAGAUCCCAGUAAGGCAUUUGUAUACAAAAGACAUCCACAUACAUGAAGUUCGGAUCGGCUGGUCACUAGCCACCAGUGGGAUGUUGCUUGGCGAAGAAGAAUUUUCCUAUGGAUAUUCUCUGAAAGAAAUAAAAACCUGCAACUGUGAGACAGAAGAUUAUGGAGGGAAGUUUGAUGAAAAUGAUGUGAUUACAUGUUUUGCUAACUUGGAAAUGGAUGAAGUUGAACUCUCCUAUGCAAAGAAUGGACAAGAUCUUGGUGUUGCCUUCAAGAUCAGUAAGGAAGUUCUUGCCAACAAGCCACUGUUCCCACAUGUUCUUUGCCACAACUGUGCAGUUGAAUUUAAUUUUGGUCAGAAGGAAAAGCCAUACUUUCCAAUACCCAAAGACUGUACUUUUAUCCAAAAUGUCCCCUUAGAGGACCGAGUUAGAGGACCAAAGGGACCUGAAGAGAAGAAGGAUUAUGAAGUUGUAAUGAUGAUUGGCUUGCCAGGAGCUGGGAAAACUACCUGGGUUACUAAGCAUGCAGCUGAAACCCCUGGGAAGUAUAACAUUCUUGGAACAAAUACCAUUAUGUAUAAAAUGAUGGUUGCUGGUUUUAAGAAGCAGAUGGUAGAUACUGGAAAGCUGAAUACACUGUUGCAGAGAGCUCCACAGUGUCUUGGAAAGUUUAUCAAGAUUGCUGCCCGCAAGAAGAGAAAUUUUAUUUUGAAUCAGACAAAUGUGUCUGCAGCUGCCCAGAGGAGAAAAAUGUGCCUGUUUGCAGGCUUCCAGUGGAAAGCUGUUGUAGUUUGCCCAAAAGAUGAAAACUAUAAGCAGAGGACACAGAAGAAAGCAGAAGUAGAAGGGAAAGACCUUCCAGUACAUGCUGUCCUUAAGAUGAAAGGAAACUUCACCCUGCCAGGGGUAGCUGAAUGCUUUGAUGAAAUAACUUAUGUUGAGCUUCAGAAGGCAGAAGCCCAAAAGCUUUUGGAGCAAUAUAAAGAAGAAAGCAAAAAGGCACUUCCGCCAGAAAAGAAGCAAAACACUGGCUCAAAGAAGAGCAAUAAAAACAAGAGUGGCAAGAACCAAUUCAACAGAGGUGGUAGCCAUAGAGGACAUGGAGGAUUCAACAUGCAAGGUGGCAAUUUUAGAGGAGGAGCUCCUGGGAACCGUGGUGGAUAUAACAGGAGAGGCAACAUGCCACAGGGAGGUGGCAGUGGUGGAAGCGGUGGAACUGGCUAUCCAUAUCCUCGUGGUCCUGUGUUUCCUGGCAGAGGUGGUUACUCAAACAGAGGGAAUUAUAACAGAGGUGGAAUGCCCAACAGAGGGAACUAUAACCAGAACUUCAGAGGGCGAGGAAACACUCAUGGCUACAAAAGUCAAUCUCAGGGCUACAACCAGUGGCAGCAGGGUCAAUUCUGGGGUCAGAAGCCAUGGAGUCAGCAUUAUCACCAAGGAUAUUAUUGAAUACCCAAAUAAAACGAACUGAUACAUAUUUCUCCAAAA